AAUGACAUAUUCAAAUUAUUCAGAAAAUCCAUGACAACAGUUUAGUUCUUAAAAAAGAAACAACACGCUGUUUAGUUAAAUUUUAAAAAUUCGUACAAACUAAACUCAAUUUUUAUCCUUGAAUCAUUCAUAAGUUAGGCUGGAACCUAUUUUGUAACAAUGGCAGAUGACGGACAAGUAUUCGAUGCUAUUCUUUUAGGAAUCGCCGAACAGCACAAAGAAGGAGUAUCUUCGUUUCUGAAUACAAUAGCAAAUUUCUUGGCAAGAAAAACAGAUUUCUUUACUGGAGUACCACAGGAGCAAUGGGAGAAAGUGCUAUUGACUGCAUUCCGAACAGCUGGAGCAAAAGCUGAAGCAAUAGAGAAACAAAAGAUCAAGGAACGAGAGGAAACCGAAAAAAAACGUAAAGAAAUUUUACGCAAGAAAAAGGAAGCUGAAGAGAAGGCCAACGAGUCACAAAUAAGUGAAAUAACAGAUGAGGAAGCAGCUCAAAUAAUAAAGGAAGAACAAGCAAAGAAACAAUCAAAUUCAGAGCCGGAAAGUGUCGAUGAGAAAGCAGAUGAGGAAGUCGAAGAAUCAGAGAAAGGAAAAUUAAAGCCCAACGCUGGCAACGGUUGUGACCUCGCGAAUUAUUCAUGGACUCAAACUUUGCAGGAUGUUGAGGUUAAAGUUCCAUUCAAAAUUAAUUUCCCAUUAAAAUCGCGAGAUGUGCAAGUGGUCAUUGCAAAGAGAUCUCUUAAAGUUGGAAUCAAAGGUCAUAUACCGAUUAUAUCAGGUGAAUUGUGUAACGAUGUUAAACUAGAAGAUUCCGUAUGGGUAUUACAAGACGCCAAGACUGUAGUCAUUACAUUGGAGAAGAUCAAUCAAAUGUCAUGGUGGGAUCGAUUAAUAACAACUGAUCAACCGAUUUCAACGAAAAAAAUUAGCCCGGAACCAUCUAAACUAUCUGACUUAGAUGGAGAGACCAGAAGUCUUGUUGAAAAAAUGAUGUACGAUCAAAAACAAAAGGAAUUAGGUUUACCUACGAGUGAAGAAAAGAAGAAAAAAGAUAUUCUAGAAACAUUUAUGAAGCAGCAUCCCGAGAUGGACUUCUCAAAAUGCAAAUUUAACUAAACUGCACGCAAUAGCUCCGAAUAGUAUAUGAUCAGUUAAUUUCACUUAAAUGAUAACAUUCAUUAGAAUUAAAAUAAUUUCCGAAAUGAAUUGCUCUCCGAUUAAACUGUUUGAAUAAAUAGA